GCAUGUACCGGCUUUCGGCUUACCGUGCCGCACCACCGUGGGCUAUGGAAAAGGAGGCCUCUCACAACUCACAAGGCGGAAGAAGUCCGAUCCGGACUCACCUAACGGCAGAAGCAGAGGUCGGCAGGUCGCCUCUUGUCUACGCGCAAACAAGCAGAGGAACCAUCGAUGCUAAAACCCCAGACAAUCUGGGCGGCUCUCCCCCUCUUCCUCGGCCGCCGCCUCCCCAAAUCCAGCCCCUCUCCUCCCUGCAGCCGCCGCCUCUCCUUCCGCCCGAUUUGCAAGCGGCGGAUGAGCACGCAAUCGCCCAGGUUUGCCCCUCUCCGCACCGCGCAAGCCGAAUCUGAUGCCGGGGCACAAGGGUACCGGUUCCGGCUGGUUUCCUACAACAUACUGGCCCAGGUCUAUGUGAAGAGCGCAAUUUUCCCUCAUUCUCCAUCCGCGUCUCUCAAGUGGAAAGCUCGUUCGAAAGCUGUUCUAACAGAACUCAAGAGUUUUAAUGCUGACGUCAUGUGCAUACAGGAGUUGGAUGAAUACGAAACAUUCUACAAGAAGAACAUGGAAAGUUCUGGAUAUUCAAGUAUUUACCUUCAGCGAUCUGGGGACAAACGGGAUGGAUGUGGUAUAUUCUAUAAACCCAAAAGUGUGGAACUGAUCCAGAAGGAAGUAAUACAUUACAAUGAUUUGGUGGAAACAUAUGGUCCUAAUGAUAUUAUAAAUAGCGCCCCUUCAAAUAAUUCUUCACCAACAGAAGAAUCUAGUGGAAAGGAAGAUAAUAGAAAGUGUGGAGAUCCAAAUGAUCCACGUGUGAGAUUGAAGCGCGACUGUGUUGGUUUACUUGCUGCUUUCAAGCUUAGCGAUCCUUGUGAUCAUAUUUUAAUUGUGGCGAACACUCAUAUUUAUUGGGAUCCAGAAUGGAUUGAUGUGAAGUUGGCUCAAGCAAAGUAUCUUCUUUUGAAAGUAGCUGAGUUCGAGAAUAUUAUCUCGAGUAAGUUUACCUGUAAGCCUUCUGUGAUCAUUGCUGGUGAUUUCAACUCCACCCCAGGUGAUAAGGUAUACAAUUACCUUCUAUCAGCUAGCUCGGAAUCUACGGAUGAGCCCCCAAUCAAAUUGUGCAGCCUAUAUGCUGCCAACGGAGGCGAACCCGAGUUCACAAAUUGCACUCCAGGUUUUACUGGAACACUUGACUACAUAUUCUUGUCGGACGGCAGUGCAAUAAAACCUACUAGCCUACUCCGUGUCCCACGAGGGGGUUCCGCGGAUGUGGAAGGAGGCCUGCCCAACUUCCACCAUCCUAGCGACCAUUUACCCAUUGGAGCCGAUUUCCGGGUGCUUGGCAGCUAGCCCCUCGUGCAUUUUUCGACGGCUGCAGCAAAUAGCCGUCGAACUGUCUGGCCGUGGUCCAUAAGGCUAUCGUCCAUGCAAUAAUAUCUCGCAGCCAUAUUUUAUUUCCUUGCUAUUUUCCUAGUAGAAUCAAUUUGUUAUUGUUCUGGUGGAAUAAUUGAAAACUGAUUAUUUUUUCUUCUUGCCCAUUCUGUGGGAGAACAAUUGUAGGAACAAAUUUUUAUCUUUUUCUUGUGAGGUUUAUGUGUUUCGGGAGUCGUUUGUCUUGUCAACGUGAAUUUUUCAGCUGUUAGUCAGA